AUGGCAACCCCACAAUUCGCCUGUGCAAACUGGAAGCCAGACAGCACGGAUUGCAAGAAGUAUGGCAGAUAUCGUUGCAAGAACUGCCUUCUCGUUGCGUACUGCGGCGCGGACUGCCAAAAGGCACACUGGGUCGUCCACAAAGCGGACUGCAGGUCUCCUCUCGGUAAAGAAACGUGGACGCCCGACUGGGUGCUGGAGAAGCGAGUACCGGCAUUCAUCGGAGACUCAGACAAUGGGCAGGCGGUGUUUGGAGUGAAGAAGUUCCUCUGGGGCAAUAUACCUGCGAUCGACGUGCUCCAACUUGGGUCGAAUGAAGGUGAUGGCUAUAAAAAGCCAUUGAACCUCUUGUUUGCCGCCUCGGGAGACCUUCGAAACGUUGUCAAGACGAUUGCCCAGAUCCCCAGCAGCUUCGAGGAGCCCGUCACGGUUGCAAUCAACGACCGCGAUAUUGACAUCGUGGCACGCAACGCCAUAUUGCUUCUCAUUGCGCUGGUAUCAGAGAACAUGGAAGAAGCAGUCGACUGCAUCAUUCACGUCUGGUACUCGGCCCUCAUCCGCAAGUCCGACCUCGAGAUGCUCCAACAACGGAUUCGACCCCUUGUCGAGAGCGUGUGCGAAAAGAUCAAGGACAAGCCACGCACCAGCGUGUUGGCAAAGACCUUCACCUUUGGAGAGCGCUCCCUAAGGCUCGUUUUGCAAAAGUCGUCUUGGGACGCGCUCCUGGGUUACAUGAGCAUUCCGGCCGGCUUGACGGCCCAACGGGCGAAUCAGAUCCGCACAGCGGUUACCCUUGCAGAGUCUAGGAAGGAUUAUCGUCACCGGAACUGGCUUGUUCAAUCCCCAACCCAACGAGUUGCGAGGCACCGGUUUCGACAAGACGGAUUGUUGCUGCCAUUCGGGGCUCCACGCGAUGAGUUUCAGGAGCCAAACCCGACAAUGUACCAAACGGCCAACACUUGGCCGAUGCAUGACAGUGCUGAUCCCCUCAAUGGAUGGUCACCGAAGGAUGUUGAAGACACUUCGAGCGGGCCCGCGACCGCUGAUAUCUACGGCAAGCUUUUCUACCACCUUCGUGCGCUGGUCCACUCCUUUCUUCUUCAUCUUUCAAAGCUGCGUGUAUCCUUUCGACUGCUUCAGGUAGACUUUUCUGAGGUUCCAAAGCAUGUCGAGUCAAACUAUUUCAGUCGCAUCGAGGUCUCCAAUGUUUCAGACCGUGGAUACGUCGGGAUCCAUCGCACAGUUGCCAUGAUGGCGCCGCUGCUCCAGGGGCCGCUCAUCAAUCCCCAUGCGACUCUCAUCACUCUCUUCAUGAAUGCCGUGCCAGAGACUAUGACCAUGGAAGAGCAGAGGGCCGUCAUGUCUCCGCAUGGACAAGCGAUGAGACGCCUUUUAAAGUUCCUCCCGAUGGAGCGUAUGCCGAUGAGCCCCUAUGAUCCCGCUUUUGUCAAAAUGUCAUAUGCCUCGUCUGUUGUUGCAGCCUAUGACCAUAUAUUUGAUCGAUACAUGAAGGUGAUGGCCUUCUCCGAGAUGGAAGAGGCUCUUGGCGUGGCGAUGAAGGCCAAGCACACUGUGAUCGAGAAGUGGCCGUAUCAGAUGAAACUACAACCUGGCCAGCCUGGGGCUCAGGAGGAGUUCAACCGGCUGGUGCGUGGUGAUCUCUCUGGGAAUGAGCGCUACGUGGAGUGGCGGCGAACAAAGAUGUAUAGAGAGGAAAUGGAUGGUGAAGCAGGCAAGGAUCUGCUGGAGAACAUGAGUUCAUUGGACUUGCGGCGCUGA